GCGCCCUCCCCGCACGAGGAAGUGAAAGGACAGCCCAGGCUCGGCGCGCGCGGAGGAGUAGAGCAAUGCGCCUCGCGCCCGUCUUGCGGGGUUGGCGGGAGCACUUCGACUUCCGCGGCCUGGAGGUGGCCCGAUGGUUCCCCGGACACAUGGCCAAAGGGCUGAAAGACAUGAAGAGCCGAUUGCGUGCAGUGGAUUGCAUCCUGGAGGUGCACGAUGCUCGCAUCCCAUUCUCUGGCAGGAACCCACUAUUGUACGAAGCCCUGGGAAUCCGUCCACAUUUGUUGGUGUUGAACAAAAUGGACCUAGCAGAUCUCACCCACAAACCAGAGGUUCUAAAACGUUUGGAACAGCAAGGUUUUAGACACGUUGUCUUCACAGAUUGCCUGAAAGAUGAAAAUGUCAUGAAGAUUGUUCCCCUUGUCACUGAACUCAUAAGCAACAACCAACGUUAUCAGAGGUCUGAGAAUGUGGAGAGUUGCAUCAUGGUCAUUGGUGUGCCAAAUGUCGGGAAAUCAUCAGUCAUCAAUUCAGUGAGAAGACGGCACCUCAAAAAAGGAAAGGCUUCAGUGGUUGGUGGGACACCAGGUAUUACCAGAGCUGUUCUCACCAAAAUCCAGGUCUGUGACCGACCCCUUAUAUUCUUAUUGGAUACUCCUGGGGUACUGUCUCCUCAGAUUGAGUCUAUUGAG